AUGGCUUCAGCAAAAUCUUUCCGUGAGCUCAUCGGCGUCCAGCCCUCCUCCGCAAGCACCUCCGACAGUGUCCUCAUCAUCAUCGAUGCCCAGAAUGAGUACGCCGAGGGACAUCUCAAGGUGACCAAUGUCGCCGAGUCGCGCAAAGUCAUCGCCGCGCUUCUAGAGAAGUACCGCUCUGCGAACGGGGAUAUCGUGCACGUCGUGCAUGUUACUCCAGAGGGCGCUCCGGUCUUCACUGCUGGAACUAAACUUGUGGAAGAGUUUGAUGAGCUUAAGCCCAAGGAUGGCGAAGAUGUUAUCAAGAAGAACUUCGCUGGUUCUUUCACAGACACAGAUCUGCAGGAUGUGUUGGAUAAGGCUGGCAAGAAGAAGGUUGUCCUCACGGGAUACAUGGCGCAUGUUUGUGUCUCAACCACCGCACGACAGGCUGCCGAGCGUGGAUUCGAUGUUUUGAUCCCUGAGGAUGCUGUCGGUGACCGCGAUAUUCCUGGAGUUGACGCUGAUCAGUUGGUCAAGGUUGCACUGAGUGAGAUUGGUGAUGCCUUUGGAACAAUCAUCAAGAGCAGCAGCAUUGCCUAG